UGAUUUAUAUUUGAAACGGGGUUUAUGAAUUCAAGUUUUUAGUGAAUAUGUUAUAUGGAAAUGUUUAAUGGAAGCUGUAUAUAAGACGAUUAGUUCAAAAUUUACUUAACGUGUGUGAUCUCGUUUGGCAGACAAUCAAAAACCAUCUAAUGAAACGAAGACUCUUGUCUGCGUAAUCGGAGUCUGCAAUCAACACCAUGAAACUAAUUUAAACCACUUUCUUUGGGGUCAACAUGUACAUGAAAAGAUGAAUACCACGCAAAAUUGAUACUAGAACAAGGUUAUACAAUUCGAAAACAAGAUAACAGUAACACAAAUUCAAGUAACGCGAUGCCUUUGGUUUCGAAUCUAACCACAAACGAAGUCGAUAACAAAUUUAUCGAACAACAAUCUCGCCAUCAUCAAACACAAAAUCAGCAGCAGUCUUACAGUGCUGCUGUCAAUGCGCUUGAAAGCCAGCUUAAAAUUAAACAACAACUAAAGGAACAGCUUCAACAGGAGCACCAACUUCAUGAGGCAUUACAAAAUCAAGAACAUCAGUUUCCCCUGCCGUUGUUAGAUGUUGCUUUGAAUUCUACAUCGGGUUUAAACCUCUCAAUGUCGUACAGCCAACACAAAGGCACAAAUAAAUCGCAAUUAAAUCUGGCUAGUGAUUCCUUAACUAUGUCAGUAACGGAGUCAAAACAUGCUUAUAAUGGUAGCAUGUCAUCCAUUCGAAGCGAACAACAUCUGUGCCAAUUGUAUAACGCACAAAAGCACUCGGACUAUAUCAUAUCCGACUAUAUGGAUAAGAUAGCAACACGCAUUAGUCUGCUGGAGACGGAAUUGAAAUUUGCUUGGCGUGCUCUAGAUUUAUUGUCUAAUGAGUACGGUAAAAUAUGGACAAGGUUAGAAAAAUUGGAAAAUAUUUCGGCGGAGCAACAGUCGGUUGUGGGCAAUCUUAUGGGAUUGGUCGCGGGGGCAAAUCAAAGCCAACAUAAAACAGACUUGAGUUUGGAUAUGGAUGGCGUUGCUUCGCUGGAUAAAUUUUUAUCAAUGAAUAAUCUUCCAAUGGAAUCAAAUAUAAAUGCCAGCAUUGGUAUUGAGCGUAUGGAAUUAUUAAAAGUUAAUCAACAGAAUACCGAAAACGAAUUAAACUCCUUGAAUGAGUUAAAUAUGGAAGUUACCAGCGAUAAAUAUGUUGUUAAUAACUAUGCAGACGAGUUAUUUUCGGAUACUGCUACUGAAUAUGAUCUCGAUGGCAGACAUCGCAUUGGCGACAACGAUAACGAUGAAUUCUUUCAUUUAUUUGAAAACCAAGUGCAAAGUCCACAAGAGAUUAGCAUCAACGGUUGUCAGGAACUUGACAUAGAUCCAUGGAUGUCAUAUUCAUUUCCAAGUCCAGUUGGUUUAGUACAAGGAAAUACAACAGAACAAGCGCAAUUAUACUCAAACAACUCUAGUGUUAUGAUGUAUGAGCAGCAGCAAAAAAUGGCAAAUAAUGCCCGUGUGGAGCUUUUAAAGAAAUUCCUUAACGGACAGCGGGUUCUUGAGCAGGUUGAAUCCGUAACUCCUUCAGCUUCUGCUUCUCAAGCCAGCUUAGAUAACCUGAGCAAUUUACCGGAACCGGAAUUGGAUCAUUCCCAUAUUGUGUCUAAUGAUACAAAAGAUUCAACUAAUAUUAAUGAACUAGAUGAACUCAUUGAAGAGGUUAAGUUUUUUCGAUUAACAGCAGUUAAAGCUGGUCAAGGUGGGAAUGAAGUAGUGCCAAUUGAAGACACCGGUGGAACAACCAUUAGUCAACUUUCCGAGUCAAAAAUAAUAGAACAGCGGAAUAGUGAAAUGACUGAAAACUUUUACAAAAAUCUGAACGAAGAAUAUCGGGAAAACCAUUUAUCUUCGGAAAUAUCAAAAAUGGAGCAACUUUUACAGACAACAAAUAUUCCGAGUGAACACCAUUCUAUGUCACCUUGUUUACGUGGAAAUCGCCUAACAUCUUCGCUAAUGAUGAUCUAUGAGGGCAAUGAAGAUGAAAUGCUCCAAAUAGGUAAAAACCGUUUGCCAGACUUGACAACCUUCACCUCCACUAUAUCUACUACAAUUACUAAUUCUGUGCCGACUUCAGAGAGCAGCCCUUACAAAAGUAAAGAGCUACGAAAGGCUAGGAAAAAAAAACAUUAUAAAAAUGAAAUGGAUAUGAUAAAUAACUUGAAAACAGUUCUAUCUCAAGCAACGAUAGACUCAUCAAAUAAAACCACUACAAUAGAUAGAAAUGUUGAUUCUAAUCAUUUGCCCAAUCUCAGGUCGUUACUUCAGGACGAAGAUGCACUUGUAUCAGAAAAUCUCUAUCCUCCAAAAUUCUCCAUAUUAUCUCGCGAUGAUGAUGUAUAUCUUCAUGAUGCAAAUAUUGCAAUAUUAGAUUACAUCACUGACGUGAUGAUACGAGAGAUAAAUAAAAUAAAAGAUCUACAAUCGUUAUCUGGUGAUCAGAUUUUCAAACUGCGCCAGACCAUUCGAGCAGAACAAAUAUUUUUUGAGAAGCUUAAUCAAGUUGACAAGAAUUUGACUCUUUUAUUAUUAAAUCCAGUCACUAUGGCAGAGGAGCUUCAACGCCUUCGAAUUGUGGAUAUUGAGAAAAAAUUCGAUCUGGUAAUAAAGAAGUUUACUAAAAACAUAGAUACGCUGAAGAAACUCGUUGGUAAUUCCUUUGAAACCUACAAAAAAAAAACCAAACAUAUUUCUGAACCAAUUUCAGUUUCGGAAAUUAAAGCAUCAGAUAAAUGUCAUUCAUUGGAGUAUCAAAAUUUAAAUCAAUUAUCUCAAUCGACAAGUCCAAAUGAUUAUAGUGCUCUUUUAUUACGAAACAACUCUGAUCUGGAUGAACAACUGAAACUACUUGAAACUCAAGAGAUUGAAAUUAAUUUCAAAAGAAAUAUACAGCAAGUAAAGUCGACCUAUAAUGAAACAAAUGAUGAAAAUUUGGUGGAUGUCACCCCAAAAGAUGAGUUGCUUAAUAGACAUAAGCAUAACAAGUCUGUUAAUUCCACCGAUGCAACGUUAAGUUCAACAAACAUUUAUAAUCAAGAUGAAUAUAUUCGCUCCUUAAAAAGAAGUUUGGAUCGCCACAACAGCAUGCUAUUCCUUCUACAUCUUCAAAAUCCAGAAAAGCACAAAAUUUCAACUAGCCUGGAUGAUAUGUUACUGGGACCAAAUGGAACUAGCCCACCUCCUCCGGCUCCCACAGAUAUAUUCGAGGAUAUUUUAAAUAUGACUAAUGAAAAUAUUUCUAUAAAUCCAUUCUUAGUUGAAAUACAAUCAGACGAGCAAAACCAGCAGCACCACAAGCCAAUUCAAACAAUAAACUACUCACCUCGACAAGCAAAAUCAGAUUCAGGAUUAUCGUCGAUGAGCGGCUGGUCACCAAAUUCCCCAGUAAUAGGAGGAAAUACACAUAAUGGAAACGUUUCACAUAAUAAAUAUAAAGAUAUCUCUGUAGAAAUGAUUCAGAUGAUGAUAAACUUGCCAGUCAUCAGUAAAAACAAAUCGGCGUCAACCACCAAAUUAAUCACUAAUGUAGCCAAAGAUAUCGAUCCCGAUAACAUAGAUGCUUAUCAACAACGAGAACAGAAGGAGAUUACUUUUGGUAAUGACUACAUAUUUUCAGAAGAAAACCUUAAUUAUAUUCAUGAGCUUUCGAAAAAUAUACCCAUUUGCUCGGUUUACGAAAAUAAAUCUAUUUUUAAUGCAAAACCAAAUCUGAACAAAUCCAGUUGCACAGUAGAUGAAAUGUUUGAAGGGGAACGCUACCGUCACCAUCAAAUCGGUCCCUUUGCAAAAUCAAAGGAUGCUACUAAUAAAUCUCAAAAUACAGCAGCAACCAAAAAAAUAAGCACCAUGUCUGAAACAAAUCGGAUACCAGAUCUUUUGAGGAAUGAAAUGCAAAGUCAAAAGUUCAACGUAUUAAACAAAAUGGCAGAACCUUUUAAGGAUUUUGAAAAUUAUUCAAGGGGAAUUAUAAGUCAUCAGGAAAGCGAUAUCAAAAACGAACAAACACGUAAACCGAACUUAACAGAUAGACUAGUUUACUACCCAUCAUCAGUUGGUAUCGACGACAGUGACACCAAUAAUUUGGAUUACCUUGACAUCAAAGAAUGUGAUCGUUUUCAGAGUCAAUCAUGUUUAAAAACAAUUAAAAGUCCUGAUACACCAUUAAUAAUUCAAUCUCAUUCGUUCGAGCUUGUAGACGAACUUGAUUCUAAGGGCAUUGAAAUUGAUCAAGGACAGAACAUACAGUUAUCCUCGAUAAAAUCACCUAAGGUAUGGAACAAAAUAAGUCAUUUACUGCAGGAUAAUUUAAAAUUAAAACGUUCAGUUAGAUACAACCGCUCUCAUUCACUGCCCGGUGAUGAUUCUACACAUCGAGAGGCUGGAGAAUCUCAAAUUUAUUGUGGUCCAGCUGCUCCAAAUACAUUAGAUAAUGAAACCUUACUAAUAACAAAUAACCGUAGCCGCAGCACUGGUAGACGUAGGAAUACCCAGCUUUCAAAACGCAUUCAGAAAUUACCAAUGCGCAUUAUUCAAAGAGCAACAAGUGCAAUAUCAACAAGUGAUCAGAACAUAGAUCAAUAUACAUAUGGAGAUUCACUUAGAGAAGAUAACAAACAAAAUAAAAAACGGACCUUGUCGAUUAAAAUAAACAGCCUCAUGCGUAAGGCAAAAACAUAUAAGCGACACAGCCUCAGCCAUUUAAAUUCCGAGAUAGAAAUGGAAUUAAAUAUUAAUCAAGCUAAACAACAAAAAAAUAUUUCAGAUAAUGAACGCUCAAUAAAUAACUGUUAUGUAGAUUAUAAGUAUGAUGAAUUUCAGAAUAAAAACAAAAGUUACGGCGAAACAACUCCACAACAUUAUUAUCCUACGAAUUCUGCAAUUGCAGAGUCAAAUCUUUUUGCCAUUGUGGGGGACUUAAAACGAUCAUCAAAUACUGACUCGCAACUUCCAACUGAUUCCGAUACGAUUGGAGAGCAAAACGAUAAUGUGAAUAUUCAGCAACCUGAAAAUUUAGUAAAUCUUAACGAAGAUUAUUCAAUCAAUAAAACAAUAUGUGAAGACCUAAAGACAAGUCGUCAUUUGAUGCAGAACGCACCACCUUCAUUUCGACCCGAUGAUGACAGUGAAAACUGUUCUGAAUUAGUAAUUACACAAACUUUCGACCCGACUAUAAAAUGUGAAACGUCUACAUCAAUGCCAUUGCCACAACCACCGCUUCUAGUGGCAAUAACAUUUAUAGAGAAAACUUCAGCAACUACUACAACUUCAAACUCCACAAUUGUGACAAAAAACAGCGCAUCUCAACAACAACAAUCGUUAGACAUUCCAGGCAGUCUUGGAAAUGGCUGUAGAGACGACGAUGACAAUCGUAGUCAACACUCUGGACGUACACUUUCGUCAUCACGUCGCCAGAGCACUGAGGACAGUAUUGACACAGAUGACGAAUAUUUUUGUUAUGAGCUGCGACAACUUGAGGAACUUGAGCGCACAACUGAGACUGAGGAAUCUAUAGUAGUGGCAAGUUCUGAUGUGUAUGACGAUGACGGUGGACAGAGUUGUGAGGGGAGUGCCGUUGAUAAUGCUGUACUUUUUUCACAAAUUGAUCAAUUGGCGACUAGCAGCGUAGAAUGCGAUAACCUUUAUUAUCCUGAACGGCAAAUCAGUUGUAAUGCUUCUCCACAAUUUGAUACCGAGAUGCCUGAUGAAAGCGCUAAAGAAAAGAUGUCACGGGUCUUGGCGGAGCUGAAGUGUGUAGUUAGAUUGCAUCCUGAUGUUCAAACUAAUGGUUCCACUGGAAAGAAGGAAAAGCAAAAUUCACAGCGAGACAGCGAUAGAUUGACUAAAGUCAGUGAUAUGCAUAGAGCUUGGCAGGAUGCUAAUAGUGACUUUCAGCUACCAGUAGCCUUGGAUCAAAAAUCGAAUGUGUUAUCUCAAUCACCACUUCAGGCUCUAAAUGAUAAGGUCGUAUUCAACAAUGAACAGCUGAAAGGAUUAAAAAAAAGAAAGCAUAAGAAAGGAAAGAAGAAUUUUCAAGAUCUGGACACGGAAACAAGUGCAGGGGAUAUUUCAUCUGAUUCAAGCUCUUCAUACUCAUCACAUCUAGAGAAUAUACAAUCACACAACAUCAGCUAUAACAAUGAAUUCAAAAGUCAGGAGUGUUCAUCUAGUGCCACCUCAGGACCCGAUACGCCAGCAGAUCUAAGUGAUGAUGGUGACGCGAAUCAGGGGCUCAAUAACGUAGCCUCUGAUGUCGUGGAUGUCGUAUCAAACGUCAUUCAAAACAAUUUAAAUGAUUCCGCACCAAUUACCAAUGACAAGGUGCAAUCUUCUGUUAAAUUAAAAAGUGUCGAUUCGAGCAAUAAUAUUGAAAGUGUUCAAAUGCCCAUUAACGCUAUUAAUGGUGCAGGGUCAACUUUAGGCAGUAGUAAGUGGAAAUUACUUAAAACCCUUAAAGAGCGUAAAAUUGAAGACAAAAAUAUUCAGGAUAAGAUUAAAGAAGACGAGUUGGCCAAAGAUAAGGAAAAGAAUGGCACUGGGGCAGGCGAUGUGGGGCUACGUUCUAAUGGUCAUCCAGGCGAUAAUCCAUUUUACAGCAACAUUGACAGUAUGCCAGACAUUCGGCCAAGACGUAAAUCUAUUCCCCUUGUCUCUGAAUUGACCAUGGCAGCCACUAAACGAAAUGCAGGGCUGACAUCCGCAGUUCCGAGAGCCACACUCAAUGACGAAGAAUUGAAAAUGCACGUAUAUAAGAAAGCACUACAGGCCCUAAUCUACCCUAUCUCAUCAACAACGCCACAUAACUUUGUUCUGUGGACGGCUACAUCACCGACAUAUUGUUACGAGUGUGAGGGUCUACUCUGGGGUAUUGCUCGUCAAGGAGUGCGCUGUACCGAAUGUGGGGUUAAAUGUCACGAAAAGUGCAAGGAUCUAUUAAACGCUGAUUGUCUUCAGCGUGCCGCUGAGAAAAGCUCGAAACAUGGAGCCGAGGAUAAGGCCAAUUCGAUAAUUACUGCCAUGAAAGAACGUAUGAAGCAUCGGGAACGCGAAAAGCCCGAAAUCUUUGAAUUAAUCAGAGCCGUAUUCAGCAUUGAAGAUAAAAGCCACACCGGUCAUAUGAAAGCUGUGAAGCAAAGCGUUCUGGAUGGUACCAGUAAAUGGUCGGCGAAAAUAGCAAUCACAGUGAUUUGUGCUCAAGGCCUGAUAGCGAAGGAUAAAAGCGGAACCAGUGAUCCAUAUGUGACGGUGCAGGUUAGCAAGGUGAAAAAACGAACGCGCACAAUGCCACAGGAACUAAACCCUGUGUGGAACGAGAAGUUUCACUUCGAGUGUCACAACUCAUCAGAUCGCAUCAAAGUUCGCGUAUGGGACGAGGACAACGAUCUCAAAUCAAAAUUGCGUCAAAAACUGACACGAGAAUCAGAUGAUUUUCUUGGACAAACUAUAAUCGAAGUGCGAACCCUAUCCGGAGAAAUGGAUGUUUGGUAUAAUUUAGAGAAGCGUACGGAUAAAUCAGCCGUAUCUGGAGCCAUUCGACUGCAUAUCUCAGUCGAAAUUAAGGGGGAGGAAAAGGUGGCCCCGUACCACGUGCAAUACACUUGUUUACAUGAAAAUCUAUUUCACUAUUUAUGUGAAGAAAAUUGCGGCAUGGUUAAAUUACCAACUCAAAAAGGCGAUGACGCAUGGAAACUUUAUUUUGACGAUAUCCCUGAAGAAAUCGUGGAUGAAUUCUCAAUGCGAUAUGGUAUAGAAAAUAUUUAUCAGGCAAUGACACAUUUUCAUUGUCUCUCCGCAAAAUAUCUUUGUCCGGGAGUUCCAGCUGUGAUGAGCACACUACUUGCGAAUAUAAAUGCAUAUUAUGCACAUACGACGGCAUCUUCCGCUGUUUCGGCUAGCGACCGUUUUGCAGCAAGCAACUUUGGAAAGGAAAAGUUUGUGAAACUGUUGGACCAACUGCACAAUUCUCUCAGAAUAGAUCUAUCAAUGUACAGGAAUAAUUUCCCAGCGUCGAGUCAAGAGAAACUUAUGGACCUAAAAUCUACCGUUGAUCUAUUGACCAGUAUAACAUUUUUUCGAAUGAAGGUUCAGGAACUGUCCAGUCCGCCAAGAGCAAGUACUGUGGUCAAGGAUUGUGUGAAAGCUUGCCUCCGAUCCACUUAUCAAUUUCUUUUCGAAAACUGUUACGAGCUUUACAAUAGAGAGUUUCAGGUUGACCCGAAUGAAGCUAAGCGCGAUACCGAUGACCAUGGACCUAAAUUAGACAGCGUGGACUUUUGGCAUAAACUUAUUGCACUUAUUGUCUCAGUUAUUGAUGAAGACAAGAACAGUUAUGGAACUGUACUCAAUCAAUUUCCUCAAGAAUUAAACAUUGGACAGUUAUCGGCUGCUACCAUGUGGGGUCUGUUUGCAGUUGAUAUGAAGUAUGCCCUUGAAGAGCACGAACAGCAUCGGCUCUGCAAGUCAUCAGCGUAUAUGAAUUUACAUUUUCGCGUCAAAUGGCUAUAUAGUAACUAUGUUAAGGAAGUACCACCCUAUAAAGGAGCAGUUCCAGAGUACCCAGCAUGGUUUGAACCAUUUGUUAUGCAAUGGCUUAAUGAAAAUGAUGACGUAUCGUUAGAGUACCUUCAUGGUGCUUUUAAUCGUGAUAAAAAGGAUGGGUUUCAAAAAAGCAGCGAACAUGCUUUGUUUUCAAAUUCGGUUGUUGACGUUUUCACUCAAUUGACUCAGUGCUUUGACGUUGUUAGUAAGCUGGAGUGCCCAGAUCCAGAAAUUUGGAAACGUUACAUGAGACGUUUUGCCAAAACCAUUGUAAAAGUCCUAAUUGCCUAUGCUGAUAUAGUAAAAAUGGAGUUUCCUGAGCACAUGAGAGACGAACGAAUUGCCUGCAUAUUAAUGAACAACAUUCAACAGUUAAGAGUUCAAUUAGAAAAAAUGUUUGAGUCAAUGGGCGGUGAUAAGUUAGAAGAGGAUGCCGCCAACAUUCUUAAAGAACUGCAACAGAACUUAAAUUUGGCACUUGACGAAUUAGCUUCGCAAUUUGCAAUAAGCUUGGAGCCACGCAUAACCCAGUCGGUUCGAGAACUGGGUGACAUGUUGCUAUCAAUUAAGGGUGGUGGCGGUAAUAUCGCUCCCGGAAAUCAGGCGGCACAAAGGAAUGCUGUUGCCGUCGAGGCAGAUGAUGUGCUUCGACCACUAAUGGAUCUUCUUGAUGGAUCGUUAACAUUGUAUGCCCAGUCCUGUGAAAAGACGGUGCUUAAACGUUUACUGAAAGAACUAUGGAAGAUAGUUAUGCGAAUUUUGGAAAAGACAAUUGUACUACCCCCAAUGACUGACAAAACUAUGAUGUUCAAGCACUUGACCGACAAUGCAAAAAAUUUGGCAUCAAAUGCAAAAAUUGAAGAUAUGGGCCGACUAUUUAAAUCGCAUAUGGCUGGAAAACCAGACGUAAAGAGUGCCCUCAGUGGUGUUAUGGAUAUUUCAAAAGAAGUUGAAAAGAAUUUAUCUCCAAAACAGUGUGCUGUUCUUGAUGUUGCUUUAGACACCAUAAAACAAUACUUCCAUGCUGGGGGCAAUGGACUGAAAAAGACGUUUCUUGAAAAGUCAUCAGAGCUGCAAAGCUUACGAUAUGCACUUAGCUUGUAUACUCAAAUGACAGAUACGUUAAUUAAAACAUUCAUUUCAAGCCAGGUGAAUGAAGUUGAUCCUGAAAAUGCAGAUGAAAGUGUUGGUGAAAUUUCUGUACAAAUCGACCUAUUUUCUCAUCCUGGCACCGGCGAACAUAAAGUGAACGUUAAAGUUGUGGCUGCUAAUGACUUAAAGUGGCAAAUACCGUCCGGAAUGUUUAGACCAUUUGUGGAAAUAAAUCUCAUUGGACCGCACCUUCAAGAUAAAAAGAGAAAAUUUGCAACCAAAUCAAAGUCAAAUAACUGGUCUCCUAAGUAUAACGAAUCAUUUAGCUUUGCUAUUGGCAAUGAAGAGCAGCUUGAUUUCUUCGAACUUCACAUUUGUGUUAAGGACUAUUGUUUUGCACGUGAAGAUCGGCUAGUGGGAGUUGCUGUGAUACCUUUAAAGGAUAUUUCUGAAAAGGGAUCAGUGGCUUGUUGGUUGCCCUUACAAAGACGCAUUGAAAUGGAUGAAACUGGUUGGACAAUAUUAAGAAUAUUAUCACAACGCAAUAAUGAUGAAGUGGCCAAGGAAUUUGUUAAACUUAAAUCUGAAAUUCGACAAGAGCCCACAAUGGGCACAUAAGCAUUCGUAUGUCAAUGUAAUCCAAAAGCGAAACCCUAAUGAAAUAAAAGGGUAUUCAUAUUAUCACCAAUAUUUUAAACAUUCACAUACAAAUAGUUUAUUGAACUUGAAAUACAUAAAUAAAAACAUACAUCUAAAUAUAAUCUGUGCAUAAUGAUAUUAUUUAUCAUUCUUGGUUAUAUAAAUGGCUCAAUCCAAAUAUCGAUUGUAAGGGAAAAAACUCACACAAGCAAAUCUCUCUAACAAAAUAAACAUGUAAACAUUUUGUAAACCUGAAUCUUUAAAACAUUCAUUCAUUUGUAUACUAUUUUUCUGAUACUAAAAUCAUUUGCACAUAUUUCUAAUUUUGUAAAUAACUAAUUGUAUAAAUAUAAUUUAUGUCCCAACAAUUUGUUAAAUAUAUUUAAUAAUACUUAAGCAACUGUGAAUAUUAAUUUUAGAAGGGAUGAGAUGCACCCAUGUUAUGCUUCAUUUGUGAUAGAAUCCAUAUGUUAUCUUAUCUUUAAGCUUGGCAGGAUUGGCAGGAAUUUCUCACUUGGUUUAAAUAAAACCGAUUGAUGACGAUGAAGUGGAGUUCGUCAAUGUUUCGAACUGUGGAUCCGAAUUGAAGAUGACCUUCCUACUCAUGAGUGACAUAUUGGAGCAUCU